AUCACGCACCCGUGGGCCGGGAUAAUAUCCUUAAAAUGAAUUUUUUUAAAAUAAAUUAAUAAAUUGUACAAACUCUGCGGUAUUUUCGAAAAGAAAAAUAAAAUCUCUGCGGGGAAGAAAUUUGGCGUCGAGUGCAGUAAACAGUGAAAAGCAACAUGGACUUCUCGCGGCUGUCGGAGGCGUUGGCGUCCAAAUCGUACGCGAAGAUCGCUGAAAUCUGCGACGAUCUCAUGCUUCAGGUUGCAGCCGAGGGCGUUGCGUUUCAGGACGAGUGGCCAUACGCGGUUCAUCUCCUGGGUCACAUCUACGAUGAUGAUAUUAACAGUGCCCGUUUCCUUUGGAAAUCGAUACCGGCUGCAAUAAAAGAGAGCCAGCCAGAAGUGGUUGCUGCUUGGAAAGUUGGUCAGAAGUUGUGGAUGCGAGACUAUAGGGGUGUGUAUGAGGCCAUUCGUGGAUUUGAUUGGAGCCAGGAAACUCAAAAUGUUGUUGCUGCCUUUUCAGAGCUUUACACAAAGAAGAUGUUUCAGCUCCUGCAGUCAGCUUAUUCUACAAUAAGCGUCCAAGACACUGCUCUCUUUCUUGGAAUGAGUGAAGACCAUGCCACAAAUUAUGUACUCCAGCAAGGUUGGUUUGAGGACCCUGCUUCUCAAAUGCUCAAUGUGAAGAAGCAGCCUAUUGCGGCAGAGCAGAAACUGGACCCCGGUAAAUUGCAGAGAUUGACAGAAUAUGUAUUUCACCUUGAGCAUUGAUUGUUGUUUUUAAGAAUAUAUUACCAAAAAAAAUUUACAUGGUUAGUAUGAUCGAUUAGUACCUUGAGAGCCUUCGUAUUUUGAUUAUAUUUGUUAGAUUCCUUUUGACUUUAUCCUGAUUUUUUGUUUGCAAACGGAACCGAGGUUACAGAGUUCACAAUUUAUUCUUUGUGAAUAUGAUUAGUCAGAUAGCAUUUUCCCCU